AUGUCAGAUCACGAUGAACUGAUGCAGGAAUUGGAGGCUAUAGAUGCCAUCUAUCCAGAUUUGUUGACGAUUCACACCGCGGAUUCCAAAAUUAUAUCGAUUAAGGUGCCGCAGCAUGAGAACAUGAUAGUGCAGAUAUCAUUCCCUGCGAAUUACCCGUCGGCUAACCCUCCGCAGGUCAUUGAGGUAAGGAGUAAUGAUACAGGGAGCAAUGACGGCGGUAAUGGGGGAAAUUUUUGCGAUUUCAAAUACUUACAACAUCUGUUUCAAGAGGUCAUGGAUUCCUGUUAUACUCAGAACGGUUCCAAUUCGAUUUGUUUAUUUGACUUCUUGAGUGAGCUAGAUGGUAUUUUAUAUAUAGAGCAAGAAGAGCAUGCGGGCACGGACGAGCCUGUGCAGGUUCCAACAGACCCAUUUGAGAAUUGGUUCGCGUCGAGUCCGAUUACUGAUAGAGGGUCAACAUUUAUGGGAUUCGCUACAAGGGUGAAUUCUGAGCAAGAGGCAUUUGAUAGAUUGGAACAGUUGAAAACUGAUUCGAAGAUACGGAAGGGUAAUCAUGCAAUGUGUGCGUGGAGAAUCAAACAGGCAGCCGACGGUAGCCAGAAAAACGAUAUCAUAUUUCAAGAUUCUGAUGAUGAUGGCGAGACGGCAGCAGGGUCCAGGAUGUUGCAUCUCAUCACGAUAAUGGAUUGUUGGAACGUCAUGGUGGUAGUUGUCCGAUGGUUUAACGGUACUCAUUUGGGGCCCGAUCGGUUCAAACAUAUCAACUGUGCCGCCCGAGAAGCUGUUGUUAAAGCUGGGUUUUGA